AAAAAAAAAUAAGCCACGAAAAAGAAGAUGGGCAUACCUAGUACUCGCAAUGUUGUGCUUCUAAUUAUUCUGUUCAGUGGAGUUAUCACUUUGAAAAUCGACCCGGUCUUCGGUCAAGGACCCUCGAAAUCCGAGGAAGAUUCGGUUUGUUGGGACACGGCCAAUUUCGCUGCGUAUUGUUACUCGUCUAUGGAGGGACAUACAAAGAAAUUUCAAAUGCCUAGUAAACAAUGUUGUGCAUAUGCUCAAAAGAUUAACUUUGUCCAAUUUUGCAAUAAAUUUGUUGUGCAAAAUGAGCAGAUAUACAACGCGGCUAAAGUCGCUGAUGUGGCAAAACAUUGCAAGAAACCGCUUCGAAAGGGUACAAAGUGUGGAAGUCACACUGUCCCAUGAAGUGUAGAAGAACUCAUUGAGGCUACUUGGUUCUAAGAAAUUAAUGAUUUUUAUUUUUAUUUUUAUUUUUCUUAGAAGCUAAGAAAAUGAUUGAAGCUAUAACAUUAUCCUCAUGCUGAAUCAAAAUAAUAUUAUUGGAAAUUACACCAUUU